AUGGCCGCCGUCGUAGACAGCUCUACCACGCCGCUCAGCCAGCAAUAUGACACCCCGCUCGGCUUGGCUCACUCCACGAUGCAGGUCUUGAAGGACAGGAUCAAGCUGCACUAUGAUCUUGCGAGUGAUUAUUAUUUGAGCCUCUGGGGCGAGCACAUCCACCACGGCUACUGGGAGAACGAUUCUCAGACCAAGGAGGAAGCUCAGGUCAACCUCAUCCAGCUUCUCCUCAAAAUCUCCAAAGUAGGCGACAACAGCACAGUUCUGGAUGUCGGGUGCGGAAUCGGCGGCACCUCCCGAUACCUUGCCUCGACGUUGGGAUGCACCGUGACCGGCAUCACCAUCUCGACCAAGCAAGUCGAGAUCGCAAACCGACUCACCAAGGCUGAGGCGGCAAAAGACCAAGAAAAGAACGAGGUGGAGUCCGACGUCGAUGGCUUCAUCAAGCUUGGUCGAGGCAAGGUGCGCUUCAUCGAGCUUGACGCAGAGAAGAUGGGUGACUUUUUUGCUGGGCAGGGGGGCUCAUUCGACGCCGUCUGGAUCAGCGAGGCUCUCAGCCAUUUCCCCAACAAGGCGCUUUUCUUCGAGAACACUUUUAAAGUUCUGAGACCUGGCGGCAAGCUGGCCUUGGCGGACUGGCUCAAGGCCGAGAACCUGAGCGAGACAGAUUUCAACAAUGACAUCAAGCCAAUUGAGGACGGCAUGCUACUCCCACCCAUGUGCACGCAGCAGGGAUAUGUCGACCUGGCGAAGAAAGGCGGACUCAAUCUACUUGAUGGGCCCAAAGACAUUAGCAAAGACGUCGCAAGAACCUGGGAUAUUACGUGGUCUCUCAUCCAGAACCCCUCUCUGUGGGCUUUCGCCUUUAGCCAGGGCCGCGACGGCAUCGCCUUUCUGCAAUCCUUCCGCGCGAUGAGGCGAGGUUACGCGAACGGGACCUUCCAGUACGCUGUGAUCUCCUUCGAGAAACCCGGUGGAAACUGA